AUGACUGGCCCUAAACAUAUGCCACCGAGCAUAUCGAAACCAAUAGARUAUUUUAAUUUAUUUUUUACACUACAAUUUCUAAACAUGUUAAAAAUUGAAACAAAUCGGUAUGCACAACAGUUUUUCGAGAAUGCUGGAGCAGCAAAUACAUCCACAACAUUGACCUGGAAGAAAACAACAAUCAAAGAGUUGAGAGCUUUUAUAGCCGUUUUACUCGAAAUGGGAAUAACCCGUAGGCCAACAAUUUUYAGUUACUGGUCACAAAAUCAUCGACACAUCCUAUGGUUUGGCCAAAUGUUUAGCCGAAAUAGAUUCCAGUUGCUUUAUAGAUUUUUUCAUGCCGUUGACAAUAGCACAUUACCAGCACGAGAUAACAGUGAAUACGACCCUACAGCAAAGUUCAAAUCUGUCGUUGAUCAUGCCAAUAGAAUAUUCAAAUUUUAUUAUUCACCACACCAGCACUUGAGCGUGAACGAAUCAUUAGUUGGAACAAAAAGCAGAUCAGCACUCACCCAGUAUUUGCCAAAUAAGAAGCACCACAAAUCGGGCAUAAAAUUUUGGAUGCUAGCCGAUGGGAUCUCCCAUUAUUGUCUGUCAUUCUUUUGCUAUCAAGGAGCCAAGGACCAACGGGACAAGAGAGAAAUAAAAGAAAAAGGCCUCGCUCAAGUAGUAAUAGAUAAAUUACUCAGUAUGAGUAACUGCUAUAUGAAAGGAUACCACAUAACUGUCGACAAUUUUUUUACCAGCAUUGCCUUAGCAAGAUCUCUGUUUGAGAAGAAUACAUUUUUAUCCGGAACAAUACGCAGUAAUAGAAAACAUAUUCCAUCSCAGCUCAAAUCAAAAUUGGAAGUGGGCGAAUGUAAGUACCAAAGAAAUCGGGAAAUACUUCUAUUAGCGUACAGAGAAAAGAAGUCACAGAAAAAAAAUGUACUACUGUUAUCAACGCAUGGAACAGCCGCAAAUAAAACGACUGUAAUUCGAAGACGGAAUCAGCAAAGGGAAGUUCAAAAACCAGCAAUCAUCCACGACUACAAUAAAUAUAUGGGAAGCAUUGAUGUCUCAGAUAUGAUGAUUUACUCAUAUUUGGAUGAGAGGAGAAUACUGUGUGGAAUACUGGAAGAAAGUGGUAUUUUCCAUUUUUGCUCGCAUGGUCUUGAAUGCAUACAUAUUAUACAAACACAACAGAGAAGCAAAGGUUAUGAAUCGACUCGAAUUUGUAACCAGUAUCAUUCAGUCGAUCACAACAGAAUGGWUAGCGGAAAAAAAUGUGAAUCCAGAAAAUUCAAUGCGACGCUGCAACAUCAUUUUAAAUUCAAUUUAUCUCCAGAAACUCCUUUAAUGGGAGUGCUGUGGACGAUGCAGAAUUCCUAUUAA